AUGGAACUUUUCAAGAAGCAGAAGGAUAUGGGUGACACGGAAUCGUUCAGAGCUAAGGAGAUGUCGGUCAUAGAGAACCGAUUGAUUCACGUAGAAUUGCAAAUGAAUCAAAUGAGCGACGCUCUCAAGGAAGAGAGGCUCAAGAACAAGUGUUUAAUGUCUGAUGUAGCUCUGGAGGAAAUGUUCAAAUUAAAAGAGGAGCUUAAGAAACAGAUGUUCGAGGAGCGGACGGCGAUGGAACGCAUGCUGGAGAAACUCCUUCAGAGGGAAGAGACAGAACUCGAGGAGGAAAAUGUCUCUUUGUGUGGUCACUGGUUCGAAGAGUCUGACGGGUCAGGUGGCCAUAGAGGAGAGGAUGAACAAGAAGACGAGGCUGACUGGGAAGACACGUGCAAAUUAACCUGGAAUUCUAAUUGGUGGGAUUUAUCUGGGACAUCUGAAAUGGUCAUGAAGACUGAAUGCAAUCCCAGAUUUUCAAAGGAAAGGAAAGUAGGAGGAGAUAAGAUAAUAAUUCAUUACAUUCCCGAAUGGCCAAAAAUGCAAGGCCCAGCGUGGGAAGAAUCAUGGAGGGCGGAGACAGAGAGAAGGAGACAGAUAUUGAAGGAGGAGAAAACGAGAGGGAAAGAGAGAUUGAGGGAGGAGAAAGAAAGAGAGAAACAGAGAUUGUGGGAGAGGAGAGGGAGAGAGGAAAAGAGAUUGCGGGAGAGGAAAAGGAGAUUGCGGGAAAGGAAAGAGACAGAACACAGGGAAAAUCUACUGAGAAACCAGGAAUCGCAAGAUGUCUCCACUUCAGAAGAGAGGACGACUGAAGUAGCAAGGAUUGGGUGGGUAAGGAGAGAGGGGAGAAUCAGAAUGAAAAUUUGGAGAGGAAUGCAAAGAUUCAUUUACGGAAUAAUUAAAAAGAUAAGGAAAAUCAAAUCGCACAAGACAAGUGAAGAGGAAAGCCAAGGAAGUCUAGAUCGUUUCUGGAAGCAAAACUCAUGGACGAAAGAACAAGAACGAGUGUUUGGCUCAGCGUGGGAAGAAUUAUGGAGGUCGGAGGAAGAGGGAAAGAGACAGAUAUCGAAGGAGGACAAAGAGAGAGAGUACAAGACAGAUUCAGAGAUGAGGACAAGAGAGAGAGAAACAGAGAUUGAGGGAGGACAAGGAGAGAGAAACAGAGAUUGA